AACAAAUCAGUGUUGCUUUUACACCGGCCCCGUCUACGUUUUAGGGUUUGUUGGUGUCUUAUAAUUAUAUUUAAUUGGUCGUGAACGCUCGUCGAGGUGUGACUUCAACGGAGAUUUCUAUCGUUUGUGAUUGAUAAACUUUACGGCGCAUAGCAGCUUCUGAUACAAGACCGGGAGCCAGACUUCAAAAUGAAGCUCUCCCUGGUAUUCGAGCUUUUACUCAUAUUCGUGCUGCUAGCCUUUGCUGCGUCUAAAAACAUCAGGAAGCAAAAGAACGACAAGAAAGCGGUUCAGAACAGAAACGACAGUGACAAGCUUGAAGAUAACAGCAUCAACAAAUACUGCAAAUGCUCUGAAUCGCACUGCAACUGCUGUCGGGAUUUCGCUGUGCCUGUCGUUAAUUUGAAUGGACCAGGAUGUGCUUCGCUGAUGUAUCUAAGUGGGGACAAGAUGUCGGUGUCACUAAGCUUCGGAAAGAAGGUCAUCACUAACCGGACCCUCUCUAGUCGAAAACCGAGCCCAGUUUGUCUACCAUUACCGGGCGGACUAUCCAAAUUCUGUGGACGAGUGUACAACAUUGCACGCGCUGGCGAAGAGUUCAGAGCCUGUCUCGGGUUGGAACUUCAAUCCAAGAGCGCUGUCGAGGCGGCGGUCAGAGUGUCCUGCUUCAAGUUCGGACCCAGAGGAGUCACCACAGAACCAGCUGACCCCCUCCCGUUAGUACCGCAAAACGAAAAAAUCGAGGACGACGACGACGACGAUGAUGAUGAAGACGAUUUUGGGCUCGGUAGUGAUGACGAUGAUGAUGAUGAUGACGAGGAUGAUGAUGAUGAUGAUGGAGAGUUAGACGCGGUAAAUGAUAUUGACAGUGCGGACUAUACAGGAUUUAGUCUUCUUGGAGAAGACUUAUUAGGAGACCUGUUUGGUUCGUCAGGUGGUAAGAAGGCGAAUAAAAAUAAAAAGAAGCAAGCACCGGCUCCUACCCCCACUACAACUACCACGACAAGGCGGCCGAGACCCUCACGUCGUCCAAGUAGAAAGCCAAGCACUAAAAAUACUACUCCAAAACCCCUACGCACUACAACAUUGAAAAUUCGUCCAGUUAAUAGGCGUCCAACCAGGAAGCCCUCUAAGAGAAGGCGUCCAACAAGGAGGCCACCUACAUCAAUCACAGCGGAAAGUCAGUCAGCGACCACUCCGACCACCACAACGAUCACAACUCCAGCUCCACUCGUUACUAUACCCGUAGUAACACCUUCCUCCACUGCCGCGACAGUCGCGCCGAGCACUGAAAGGCUACUGAUUGAAGUUGAUACUGACCAGACAUUCGAACCAAUCAUUGGCUUGAAUCAAAACGUGGAACAUCUAUUUGCCACUACGGCGAAGAGUGUCACGAAUUUUGAGGACCCCGGUCUCGAAAUGUCUCUAGCUCACAUCACUGGUCAGUUAUCAGGUAUGCCUGUUACACCCAUUUUAAGCAACACAGCGAACGAAUCUGAAAUGCCAUCUACAAACUCAGAAGAGAUUAAUUUUGAGAAAAUUGAAACGAUUACACCUAAAAUGCCAACUACAAUGUCUUUUUCCACGACCACUGACGAGAAAUUAAAUGACAAUAUGAUUCAAAUUGUUCAUGACCUUGAUCAAUCCGAUGAAAGUGUGACCCCAGAAUCAAUGAAAGGUGAAGAAAGCAGAGGACAGGAUGAAUAUUCGGCUUCGAGUGAUAAUUCUGGAGCCGACCUUCCAAGAAAGAAGCAUAGAAGCAGUUUUGACUUUGACGAUUUAGAUGUUCUUCAUUUGUCCGAAAUCGGUGAAACAGUCGGUGAAGAGUUGGGAGUCUUUGGUAGAAAUAGACGCCCCAACAAAAACCCGAAUCAUCACAAAGUUCGUGGAGGCAAGAAAGAUGAUGACUACAGCGAUAUUCUGGGACUAGAUGACUUGGACUCUUUACUGCGAAAAUCUAUGAGAGACCACAAAAAUAGAAGAAGACAAAACAAAAUGAUGCGUGGACAGUGGGGUCACGUAUGACAUCUAGAUUAAGUUAGCCUUAAUAGAAGUAGAAGCUAUUUAUUUUUGUACUUAUCUUAUUUAUUGACUGUAAAUAGUAAUGUUAUUUUAAUUUAUUUCUUCCU